CCCAGCUGCAGCCGAAAUUUCCUUUCUCCCCCCCAAAGCAGUAUAGCACACACGGUUUCCUUUUUCCUUUUCCAUGAAAGGAAAGAAGCAGAAGCAGGAAAUGGAGAAGAGGGAGGAGCGAGCUAGCACCGGUGGGCCUCGCCGUCACCACCGAGCUGCUCGCCGUUCGCCACCAACGUCAAAGAAGAGGGGAAGGAGGGGCGUCGCCGUCGGCCGCCGUCGCCUCGUCCAGAUGCCGCCUUGCCGCCGCCAUGGCGCACCGAAUGAAGAGAGAAGAGAGCGUGCCCCGCCGCGCCUCGCCGUUAGUGCCGCCAUUGUCACCAUCGAUGGAGGAGAAGGGGGAGAGCGCUUGCGAGGAGCUGCUGCAGAAGCCACCGCCGUGCAUCCUCGUGCCGUCGCAGGAGAUCUGGCCGUCGUCGCCGAUCAUCCUUGCGCCGCAUCAGAGACAGAACUGUGAAAUGAAGGGAGCGCGACCCACAGCCACCAACGGAGAAGAAAGAGCGCGCAGGAAAGUGAAGCCGCUGCUGUCACCGUCGCGUGUGGAGCCGCCGCCGCGCUUGACCUCCGUUGCUGUUGCACUUCGACCGCCACCAUUCUUGCCGCCGUCAAGCUGCGUCGGAAGGAAAGCGCCGCCGCCGUGCCCUGUUAGAACUUCUGGAGCCGCGUUGGAGCUCGCUGCAAAAUGAGGAUGAAGCUAGGACUAGCGCCAUUGUGCCUGAGCUGUUGUUGUCGAUUUAGAGUUGCUGCG